AUGUGUUCACACCAUGAAUGUUUGCACCGAAUACUUUGAACCAUACGCGCAAAGGUCGCGUUGCUUUUUAUUCGCUUUUUUCUUUCUUUUUGAUCGUUUGAUCGGUUUUUUUUCUUUCAAAGAUCUUUCAUAGAAAAAGCCAGGAAAUUUCGAUUUUUUAUAGUAUUCAUUCUAUGAUACUUCUUCUCAGGUUGUGAUGAGAAUAAUUGAAGUUUCUGAAAUAACAGUUGUUUUUUUUCCCAUGAAAAUUCCGUUUUUCAUUGCAAUUGAAAAUGUUGCUUUUUCUUUUUCAGUUACCACUGACUUGGCAGUUAUUGAAGUUUUACGCUUUGUGUGGGAGAGUGUAGAGAAAGAAGGUUUAUUUUUUUCCAUUGAAUGAAUUUUUGAAAUCUAUAAAUUUUUUUACAUUUGAAGAAAACGAUUUAUCCCAGUAUUUGCUUUCUCAUGAUUCGCUUACUUCGGAACUUAUAAAUUAGAUUGUUUUUGUCUGCUUUUUUUUCGCUUCUCGUCCUACUCGCUCUCAAAAAAUCAUAAGAAUUUCCAGAAAUGACUCGACACGGGAAAAACUGUACAGCAGCCGCGGUUUAUUCCUAUCACGAACGUCGAAGAGACGCAAAGGUCAGUGGAUAUGGUACGAUCCACGCGAGACUCGGCGCCGACGCCAUCAAAGAAUUUCAUUGCUGCUCUUUAACUCUUCAGCCUUGCCGGUUUGACAGAAAUAUCGAAAUCGUUUUAAAAAAAUGCUUCAGACAGCCGGUAAUCACACCGAAUGGCUACAUUUACGACAGAGAAGCCAUUUUGGAGAAUAUUUUGGCGCAGAAAAAAGAGAUUGCCAAAAAGACGAAAGAGUACGAGAAACAGUGUGCCGAGGAGUCGGCUGAGAAAGCCAAAGAGGUGGUUUUUUUAGUUUUUAUUUCAGUUUUUCGAUUGUUGAAAUUUCGUUUUACUAUGUUUGAAAACUUUUUGGUCAAUUUUUUGGUUUUAAUGCAGAUUUUCAUUUUUUUUUUUCCGAUAAAAUUGUUUUUUUCUGUCAAUUUUCCAUGAAUGUCGAAAAGUAGGGAUUUUUCUUUUGGAAAAAUUUUUAUAUUUUGAAAUUUUCGCCCUUUUUGAUUUCUUUCUGAGGUGCCUUUCAUUUGAAAUUUAUUUUUUUCUCAUUUUUUUCCAAGAGAUCUUUUUCGAUUUCUCAGUGUUCUGCUCACAUGGGGAAAAAGUAUUUUUUUAACUUGAAAUGUUUUUUCUUCCGAAUUUGUAGGUUUUAUUUUAUCAUUUUUUUUUCUCCAAUUAGAUUUUGCAUUCUAACCAAGAUUUUAAAAAAAGAAUAUUCUAAAUUUAAAAUUUUUCUAGGGAGACGCCAACAUCACAUCGCAAAGGAAGCAGUUUUCCAACAUUGAAAGCACGCCAAGAAGGACUGGAGCUCUUGCCGCGGCGGCCCUCGAAGAAAGAAAUUCUUUGGCUAGUUUUAUGUCAAAAACUGAUGAAAUAAUGGCUAUAUCUUCAGAAAAGACCUGGAGGAUCCAUGUCGAGCGAAAUCGCUGCGAAAGUACGAGCACAUGGAGAAGAAGGCGAUAUUUCAAAUAUGAAGGGUGAAAAGUGCGGAUUUUUCGGAAUUUCCGAAAAAAAUUUCUUUUUAUCGUGUUUAAAGUUACUCCGCGAAAUUCAAAAUAGCCGUCAGAGAGUGAAAAGAUAACUAAAUUUUGGGAGGGUCAGAGAUAUUUCGCGGAGAUCACUUUCAACACGGCAGUUGCUUUUGUUACAGUUUUUUUAAAACUUGUUUUAUUCUAUUUCUGAAGCGUCCUUCUUCAAUUUUCAUCAAGAAUAUUCCUAUGAAGAUGAUUUUCAUCCGAUUUAAACGUGAAAAUUGCUUUCAGAAGUACGGCUCUUCCCAGUUUCUGGAUCCCAGAACUGAAUCCCACCGCAGCAGCUUCUAAACUUGAAAAACCGGUUUGUUUCAGGAAAUUUUGAAAAAUGAAGGUUCUAGAAGGGUUUAGAGCAGAAAUUAUAGGAUUUUUGAUUUUUACGAACUCAUUUUCUGUUCGAAUUAACUGCGGAGCUUAGAAAGGAUUUUUUCUGGCUACCAUCAGAAAUCGUCUCUAAUGAAUUCGACUCAUUUAAACAAAGUUUCAUAGCCAAUAUCAAUAAUAAUAGAUUCAAAAUUAAAAAUCUAUCACGAGACCAGCAAAGUUAAGUUUCCAGAAGAUCAAAUUUUUGCGUUUUGCGAGUCAUCACAUAAAUUCCCCUUUUUUUCUACUCAUUUUCAUCCUUUUCAAAAAAAUAAUUUUUCAUUUUCAGAGCACCAAAAUCCUGUGCCCAGUCUCCAGCAAACCAAUGAAGCUGAAAGAAUUACUCGAAGUCAAAUUUACGGCGAUGCCUGGAGAGGAAAACUCGGCAAAGGUUGUUCAUUUAAAUCCUUUUUUUGGUUUUUUUGAAUUUAUGUUUUAUUAAUAGUUAAAAUUUCAUUUGGAAAAAGAAAAAAACUAAUGAAAAAAAGGCUUAUUUAAUUGGUUUCGCUCUCUUUUUUCGUAAAUUCCUCCAGUAAAUGACAGAAAAUUAACCUUUUUUACGGCGUUUUUUUAUCGGCGCGUCCAUAUUUUUUUCCGUAAAGGGUAGUGUGUCGUGUUCAUACACUGCGGCACUCUGGCACACGCCGAGUUCAACGUACUCAGAAGAAAAACGGCAGACCAGCGCGCAUGUCAAAAAAACAAACGGCAGGCCAGCGCGGUCACGCCAGUUUAGAGAGAAUAGCAAACUUGGAGUGACCAGACUCGUACUCUCCUCGCUCUCCACACUGUCUAGGACCUGCGCGCUGGCAUGCCAAAUUUAAUGGAAAACGGCAGACCAGCGCGCAGGUCUGUGUGCAAAGCGAGGAGAGUACGAGUCUGGUCGCUCCAAGUUUACCAUUCUCUCUAAACUGGUGUAACCGCGCUGGCCUGCCGUUUGUUUUUUGACAUGCGCGCUGGUCUGCCGUUUUUCUUCUGAGUAAUUUUUGCGAAAUUCUGUUAUGUUUUUCAUUCUCUAGUGGCUAUAUUGAAUUUCGCGGAAUUACUUCCAACACGGCAUGUGUUUAAAAAAACAGAAAAAUCGCGUUUUUUAAAUGAGGAAUAUAUUCGUCUCAUGACCCAUUCGUGCGCCUUUAACAUUUCAUGUUGUUUACGAGUUUUUGUCAUGACGUCACAUGGAAACGGCGGAGAUUUGGACGACGCCCCCUUAAUUUUUGAUUUUGCAUUUUUUCCACUUACAAAAACGCCGUGUUUAUACUUUAUAUUGGUGAAACGGGACAGUUAUAACUUUAAAUUUUAUUUCCAGAAGCGAUUUAUCUGCCCAGUGACACGAGAUGAACUGACGAACACGACGAGAUGCGCCUACUUGAAACCUUCGUUCGUUUCUUUAUCAAUUUAAAAAAUUUAAUAGAUCUUGAAAACGAGCUCUUUGAGAAUUCGAAAGGAAACUAAAUCAAGAAUAUAUUCUUCCAGGAAUCUUUCUCAAAAAAAAAAUGUUUCCUCACAAUUCGAAAUUUUCAUUGUAUGGCCUUAUUCCGCGCCAGAUUGUCACGUUUUUUUCCGCCGUAAAUAUCCUAUACCAAAAAUUUGAAAUUGAGCAUCUUCGCUUCAAGACCUUAGUUUUUUGCUGUCUUUCUAGCAGUUUUGUAGAGUAAAAGGCUGUAUUUACGGUGCUACGACAAGAGCGAGUUUUCCAUUUGCAAGGAGUACGGUAUGCGGAUAUGCGCAUUGCGUGUUCACACUUUCGUUGCGUGACGUCACCGGGUCGGACAUCUCCGGGUUUUUUUGUUUCCGAGUUUUUCACUUUUUUUCAAAUUUUUUUUCUAUGCUGUUUUUUAUCGUGCAAAUAUCAUUGAGAAAAAUGAAAAUAUUGGAAAAAACCAAAAAAAGUUGAAAAAUAUUCGAAAAAAAAACCAGGAAACAAAAAAACCCGGAGAUGUCCGACCUGGUGACGUCACGCAACGAAAGUGUAAACACGCAAAAUGUAUGCACACAAUGCGCAUAUCCGUAUACCGUACUCCUCACAAAUGGAAAACUCGCUGUUCUCGUAGCACCGUAUUUACAGUAGCUUUUUCUUUUCUGGCCUUUCAUAACGUGACCUUCUCGCGCGGAACGAACUAUGUUUUUCUCCGAAAAAGUGUAGAAAAACCUGUAAUGAACGAUAAAAGUCACCUUUUUACUGUUAAAAGUAACAACUGCAGUUUGUUCGUUGAAAAAGAUUUUUUAAAAGUCAAGUUUUCAAUUUUAUAUUUAAUUUUCUCUGCAGAAAAUGCGUGGUGAAGUACGACGUCGUGGAGAAGUUGAUCAAAGAAGACGGAGUUGAUCCGAUUUGCGGGGAACCGAUCACGGAAUCGGACGUUAUCGAACUGCAGAGAGGAGGUUCCUGGACUUUUUGUAAUAUUUUUGCGAAAAAGUUGAAUAAUUUUAUAGUUGAAACAGUAUUUCUCUUAUUCCUCGUGAUUUUUUUGGUCAAGGUAGAGAUAUUUUAUUGAAAAAGAAGUGUGAAAAUUGAUCUAGGAAUCAAAUAGACUAUUUUUGAAUUUUUUUCAAAAAUCGUUGAACUUUUUUGAAGGUUGGAUCUGUUAAGCUGAAGAAAUUUGAACAGAAAUAGAAUUUAAAGCGAUUUCAUGUUCUGAAAAAAAUGAAUAUCCUCUCGUUUAAGAUCGUUUUAAUGUUAAAUCCUGUUCAUUUUUUUCCAAUUUUUUUAAAUGAAAAAUUUUAAUACUGAAACUGAAAAAAAUCAUUUUUUUCACAUCUUUAAUUGCAAUAUUUAUAUUUGAAAAUAGAUUUAUCGCGUUUCAAAUUUUUUUAUUUUUUUGAAAUUCGGGAAGAUUUUUCUUUUUAUCCCAAUUUUUUUCCAGGAACCGGCUACGCGGCGACUAACGAAGUCAAGGCAAAACUCAUCCGGCCACAAUUGGAACUCCAAUAA